UUAGCAUUACGGAAAAAUAAUAAUAAAUUAUAUAAUAGUUUGAAAAAAAAAAAAAAAUGAAAAUAAACACGAAGGUGAAUUGAUAAGGUUUCUGAGGAAAGUGGAAAACUCGUUAAAAACAUAUGACCUUGCAUGGCUAAAAGAAUUCACAAGUUCGUAUUUAUAUUUUUUUUUAUUUUUUAUUUACGUAAAUUGGUAUAAAUAAAGAGAGGGGGUAAAUUAUAAUAAUAACGAUACAACGCUAUUAUUUUUUUUAUCUAUUUUGUCAAGUAAAAGUGGGAAUUCAUAUAAAGGGGUUGCACAUAAGUUGACAGUUUCAUUGUGCUUCUUCACAUUUUAUUUUGGCGUUUUCUAAAGUAAUCAUGAAGCGUCUAUCUAUUAUAGUUGCAAUUGCAUUUGCAUCAAUAUUUAUAUUUGAUCAAGCUAGCGGAGGACCAGUUUCAAAACGUGAUGCUGAUAAAUCUAUGAUGGACAGUAUUAAAGAUAUGUUAUCUGGUAUACCAGGGAUUGGAGGUAUGUUGGCUGAUGGUGUGCAAAAAAUGCAAGAUGUGUAUAACAAAAUACAAGAGUUGACAAAUGGUGCUUUUGGCAGAGUAUUGGGUGGUGCAUUACCUUGUACAGCCUAUCUUGAUGAAGGUAUUAAAUGUUCUGGAGUAUCAACAAAGAGUAGUUGGACAGAUAUAACGAGAUCGCUUUUGGACCCAAUUCCGCCACUUAUGAUUCCUGGAUUUGUAAAAUCAUUAAUAUAUAUGAUGAUGGAUUCUAUGGCCGCGCCAAUGAUGGAUGUCCUGUUUGGGGGUGUCAAGAAACAAUAAUAUUUAUCAAUACCUUGAAAAAAAAAACAUUAUUGCAAAUAACUUGCUAAAUUAAUAUUGAAAAAAAAAAAAAAAUGUUUGUUUUAUUUAAUAAUUAUUACCUAUUGAUAUUUAUAUUAUAAGAUAUUAUUAUUUAUGUCGUUGAUGUGUGUCUUUAUUUUUUGUGUAAUAUAUAAAUGAAUAAUAACUAUUUCAUCAUUUAAUUGAUUAAUUAUGUAUUUUGAAUAUUUAUUAUAAACAUACCCUAUUUAUAAAAACAUAAAAUAAUUAUAAUAUUAAUAUAAAUUAAUAAUUAAAAUAAUGUAUUUUGUUUGUUUAAUAUUAUAAUUUAUAAGAAAUGUUUCAAUGUUGAAUACAAAAUUAAAUAAUAAUAAUAUAUAAAAUUUUAAAACUAAAUAAAAAAAUAAGAUACAAUUAAA